AUGCCUCAAGUUGUGUGCAAGCAUCCUAGCCUUCAAUGUGACCUUCGGGAGCCUGUUCCUAUUCGUCAUACGUAUCACCAGCUUGGAGAUAUCAACAUCGCUGGGAUUAUGUCUGCACUGUUUACAUUUUCUGAUCCCAUUGAUUUCAGCCAACAUCCUUCUCAGGCACUUCAGGAUACAUCUGUAAUAUUUUAUCAGAAUUACCAGCAUGUGCUGGUGUUAGCGUUUACUAUAAAAGAGAUCAAUAAGCAUCGUCAGAUCCUUCCCAAUGUCACGCUGGGAUUCCACAUUUUUAACAGCCAUUUCAGUCCAAGCUGGACUUACUUAGCCUCAAUGCUUCUGCCUUUCACUCAUGGCAAAUUCAUCCCUAACUACAAGUGUGGGGUCCCAAAACAUUUGGCUGCCGUGAUUGGGGGACCUGAUAUCUCUCUUCACAUGGCAUCUGUAUUGUGCAUCUACAAAGUUCCUCAGUUGACCUAUGGCUCUGCUCCAGACAUGGAGAAAGAGACUCAAGCAGUUUUCUUCCAGCAAAUGUUUCCAGAUGAAUCCCAGGAACAUCAGGGCCUCAUGGUUCUAUUGAAGUAUUUAAGAUGGAUCUGGGUUGGGAUUCUUGUAGUAAAAGAUGAGAAAGCAGAGAAAUUUGUCCAGGAAGUGGUCCCUUCCUUUUCUUACUAUGGCAUCUGCACUGAGUUCAUAGCAGAGUUACCAAACAUAGAUUUCUAUAAUGAUUUUACUGAAGUUAUAGAUGAAGGACUGUGUGUAUACCAUGUUCUCAUGAACAGCAGAGCCAAUGUGAUAAUCGUGUAUGGUAAAAUUCAGACCAUAUCAGUUCUGAGAAGCUUCCUCCGGUUUUCAGAAGUGGAGGACAUACCAAAGAAGCCAAAGAUCUGGCUUAUAAAUGCUCAGACAGACUUCACCUCACUUUCCCUUCAUAAAUCUUGGGAUGUCCAUUUCCUACACGGGGCUUUAUCCUUUGCAGUCCACACUAAAGAGGUCCAGGAUUUCCAGGAAUUUCUUCACAAUCUAAGUCCAAAUAAUGACGAUCAUGAUCAUUUUCGGAAAGAUUUCUGGGAACAGGCAUUUGACUGUUUCUUCUCUAGUUCAAACACAGAGACAUCUGAGGCAACUUGUACCGGACAGGAGAAGCUCGGGUCCCUUCCUACAUCUGUGUUUGAAACAUGCAUCAGUGGCCAGAGUUACAAUAUUUACAACGCGGUCUAUGCUGUUGCACAUGCUUUGCAAUCUCUGUAUUUAUCCAAAUCCAGGGACGCAACAAUAGUAAAAAAAGGAAGGAAACAGUUUCAAAAUCAAAUGUGGUGGCAGGUUCAUUCUUUUCUAAGAAGUGUCAGAUUCAACAACAGCGUUGGAGAGAAAGUCUCCUUUGAUGAAAAUGGAGAUUUCAUUGGUGGAUAUGAUAUUAUCAAUUGGAUCUCAUUCCCAAACCAAUCCUUUCUUAGGAUCAAAGUCGGGAUGAUCGAUCCCACAGCUCCAAAGGACAAAUUCUUCAACAUUUCUGUUGAUUCCAUCACAUGGCCAGUAGGAUUUAAUCAGGCAUUGCCUUUAUCUCUGUGCAAUGAACCCUGUGAGACAGGAUACAGCAAGGAGAAGAUAGAAGGGAAGUCAUUUUGCUGCUAUGGUUGCCGUCUAUGUCCAGAGGGGAAAAUAUCAAAGGAGAAGGAUGUGGAUGACUGCUCUCCAUGUCCAGAGGAUCAAUACCCAAAUCCUGGCAAAAAUAUGUGCAUUCCAAAGCGGAUCACUUUUUUGUCCUAUGAAGAACCUUUGGGGAUCAGUCUGACUGUUCUUUCUCUUUCCUUUUCCUUAAUGACAACUUUGGUCAUCACAAUCUUCAUGAAACACAAAGACACUCCCAUCGUCAAAGCCAACAACCGGAAUCUCACCUACAUUCUCCUGGUUUCCCUCCUCCUCUCUUUCCUUUGUGUCUUUCUAUUUGUUGGGAGACCCAAUACAAUUGUGUGUCUCCUUCGACAGCCAGCUUUUGGGUUCAUCUUUUCUGUGGCGGUUUCUUGUGUCUUGGCCAAAACCUUUGUUGUGGUUCUAGCAUUCAUGGCCACCAAACCUGGUUCCAGAUUGAGGAAAUGGGUGGGGGGAAGAAUGGUCAGUUUCAUUCUUCUUUCCUGCUCCCUUGUUCAAAUGUGUAUUUGUGCUGUGUGGCUGAUAAAGUCCCCACCGUACCCAGAUUUUGAUGCACGCUCAGUUUCUGAAGAACUCAUCCUGGAGUGCAAUGAAGACUCGGUCAUGUUCUACUGUGUUUUGGGUUUUAUGGGCUUUCUUGCUCUGGUUAGCUUCUCUGCUGCUUUCCUAGCUAGAAAGUUACCUGACAGUUUCAAUGAAGCCAAAUUCAUCACCUUCAGCAUGUUGGUCUUCUGCAGUGUUUGGCUGUGUUUUAUCCCAACCUAUCUAAGCACAAGAGGAAAAUAUACAUUGGCUGUGGAGAUCUUCUCCAUGAUCUCCUCCAGUGCUGGCUUAUUGGUGUGCAUCUUCCUUCCCAAGUGUUUUAUCAUUGUGAUGAGACCUGAACUGAACGAUAAACAUCAACUCAUGAAGAGAAAGUUUUAA